GCUUAACUCCUUCGAGUGGUUUAAAAUCGCGAGCCGGAGACCGUCGAUUUCGACGGCGAAUGAUCGUUCUCUGGAAUACCUUUCGUAUACAACCGCGAAAGCGUGUAUGCAUGUGUGUGAGAGAAAGAAAAAGAGAGAAAUUGAGAGAAGAAAGACUGUGAUUCGGUCGGAGCGGGAAUCGAGAGCGACUCAAGUUCAAUGCGAUAAUCGAGACGGACUUGGCACGCGUCGCGUCGCGAACGGAUUCUCCCUUCGUCGUUGAUCUUGGAGUAAAAUUAUUGGCGCCAUGCUAGCUACAGGUACGACCACCGAUCGUGUCUCCGAGUCCACCAACGACGACGCAACUGUGAAACGUGAAUAGCUGUUCGAGUGUGUUAAACGAAGAGUAUUAAAUAUGCGUUAAAAAGAGACAUCUGUUUUUAAAUCGAAUACUUAAAUCAGAGAAGACUAAGACGUUUGGUUUGAAAAAAUAAAAGGAGAGCCAAGGGAAACGAGUAGAAUUGACAGAGGCGACUGUGGAGGAUAUUUAAUAAAAGGAAAGCGAACACCAGGCGAUAAUCGGCGUCGCGGGCGGUGUUCAAUGAGAACCGAACAAGAUUUGGUGCAUACCCAGCGUACGUGAAAAGAUCCUCGGGCACGAGGACGGGGCGCCGAAGAGAUCCUCGUCGACGACGACGAUCACCACGACGACGAUGCUGCGCUCGCCGGCGCGGGUCGUCCUCCAGGAUUCUUCCGCCUCGACAUCCUCGACCUUGUCGGCGCCACCGACGCCGGUCCACCACGGCGCUUCCAGCUCGACCUCCGUCUCUUCCCGACUUUCCUUACUCGACACCUGCCACAGGAAGAUCAGGUUCUUCGGCGAGCUUGUCGCAAAAGCCCGACGAAAGGAGAAGGAUGCGGGAACCACAGAGGAUCCGAAAUUGUACCUCGAGGAGGCGGCCCUUGAAAGGCAGCUGCCAGAGGUGGACCUAAGAAUGUUGGUCGAUCUACCACCCGGCCUGGACUACAACGAGUGGCUGGCCUCCCACACCCUCGCACUAUUUGAUCACAUCAACCUUGUUUACGGUACUAUAUCCGAGUUCUGCACGAUGACGGGCUGUCCGGACAUGACCGGUCCAGGCUUAAGAACUUAUCUGUGGUUCGAUGAGAAGGGGAAGAAAACAAGAGUGGCAGCGCCACAAUAUAUAGAUUAUGUUAUGACUUUUACACAACGCACCGUUAGUGACGAAACUAUAUUUCCUACAAAAUAUGCAAAUGAAUUUCCUAGCUCGUUCGAAUCUAUAGUGCGUAAGAUCCUGCGGCUACUGUACCAUGUGGUGGCACACAUUUACCACUGCCACUUCAGAGAGGUAGCACUAUUGGGGUUGCACGCUCACCUCAAUUGUGUGUUUGCCCACCUCACGCUCCUUAAUCAACGCUUCAACCUUAUUGAUCCCAAGGAAACGGAGAUCUUAGGAGACUUAGAGGCUGCCCUCUUGGGUGACUCGACAUCAUCGUCAGCGCCUUCAUCGCAAACCUUAGCCAUCCAGGAGACUCCGACCACAGCCACCUAGAUAGCGAUACACAGCAAACAAGAGGUUGCAGUUCCUGAGACUAGAUUAAUAUAAACGAACGGCAGAGUUUAAGAGUUACGAGAAACGAUUAUACACGCAGGUGGAGCGAGAGCGCAAUUCUGUAAAAAACCAGUAGUACCUGUAUAUAGCAAAGUGUGAAACAACUACAAUGAUGUAAUUAGGUUCCUCCGUUUGUUGUUUGUGAGAUUGUACAUAAUUUAUUAAAAAAAAAAAACAAAAAGAAAAAGCAGUAAGAUAAAAUACGAAAAGGACGAAGGAUGGAUUAUCUAUUAUUGUCGACGAAGUUAGUCGCUGUAAGAGGGAAAUAAUUUGUUCUGUAAAAACGAAAAGAGACACAAAAAAUGAAGAAGUAAAAAAAUCACAGAAAUGAAAUGAAACUGAUAAUAAUAUUGUAAAGUUAAAAGUAAAUACCAAAUAUAUACCUGGUGUUAAGGCAUGUGUUAUGUUCGUUGACAAAAACAAAAAACAAAAAAAAAAUGGAAAAAUCUUGAACGGCCGCUAGGUCUGAGCUGUUCCCGUGAAUCAUUUUCAGUUUGCUCGUGUCCUGGAACGUUUUGCCUUUUUCUUUUAAUAACUGACGAUCCGAGAUCAUCUUAUCAUCGUCCAUACCGGAAGGACAAGGGAUAAAUGUUGCCAGUUCGUUUGGCAAUAGAAAAACUAUCCUUUUUUCGCAGUACGCUUUACGUUACCUUAAGUUCUGUCAUUAAGUACCCCAGAAGAGAGUUCGAUCACGUUCGUAACCCUUUGAGAUCCUGCUCCAUGCAAUAUACAUAAAUAAAACCGUUUUAAAAAUGGCCUCGUAGAAACAGUGCGCGAAACGCUUAACUGAACAGUACUUAACGCUCGCAUAGAAGGUACUCAAAGGGUUAAGAAAACUUAGUUCAGUUUGAGUUGAUUUAUACCUCAGAAGUCGAUAAGAAGUCAAUCAUCCACAUACAUAUAGACGUAGUAGAUCGUCCCUUCUUUCAUAUCUCCGAACCUUAAACCAACGUAAAAGAUAACAAGUAUAGUACAACGUAGAGAGGCGUAAAGUUAAAAAAGAAAGCUAGUUUCGAAGUAACUUAAGUCGACUCGAAUCUAUUAUACAUGGUGCUAUUUUUUUACGAAUCACGGGAGAGGAAACAAGUAAAAAAAAAAGAAAGAGAAGGAAAGAACUAGUACGAGUUUUGUACCUAUUGUCCCAUUGUUUGUUCCGGUGUACUCGGAGUGUCGAUCGGUUUUCGAGAAGCAUCCGCUUCGAUCAAUCAAGUGCAGGCAACCGAGGGAGCGGCAGCGCCCUGUUUCACCUCGACGAUACGAAUCGCCGCGCACAAAUGAGCGAUCUCCCUGAGGAACAGCCCGAUCGCCUCGGCGAUCGGCUCGCAGAGGUCUUUGAACGAUGUCGCGAUGUUGUACAACAAUAUCAGCACAGGCUGUAUCAGAGCAUUGAACAAGAUCGACAAUAGGGGUUUUAUAAAGUAGUCGGCUAGCAGCUGCAGGAUUCCGACUGUCAGCGGUCGGAUUAUGCUGUAAAGUAUGAAGCGAAGUAGCUGUAGUAUGAACGCGGUAACGAACGCGGUGCCGAUGUGUAUCGUCCCGAAUAUCUCGGCCCAAAAGCGCGUCGCCGCUUGGUCCGUUUUCUCGGCGCAUUUCUCGGUCACCAACAUCGGCGGUGAGUCCGUCGUUCGAUAGUAUCUGUGACGAAACACAUUUCAAGAUUAGAGGUCUUAAACGUGUAUCUAUAAGAAGCACACGUGACCUCUGUUACACGAUUGUAAAAUACUUAACGCGAUUUAGGAGAAAAAGGGAUUUGUCGCUUUGAAAUUUCUUAGUAUACUACGUAGAGAACAGAUUAGCUUUGUUUUUUGUGAUUGUUUUUUUUUAUGUAUUUUUGAUAAUACAACUAAGUUUGACUGUAGGAUAUAAGGAGAUUCGAACGUGUUUUAAAUGUUUAAGUUUAAUCACGGUCGUUUCAAGUGUUAAGAGCUUGUGAUUUUUCUUUUUUGUUGUUAUAUACAUAUAUACAAAAUAAAAAGUUGUUGAACGAUUAUGUACGAGCUGAGGACGCCUGCAUAAUAAAAGAAACUGAUGAACGAUCAA